UAUAUAAAUGUAAGUCGCUUUGAUAGUGUUGUGUUUAAUUUUUUUUAAAGGCGUAUAUUUUACUAAAGAAGAGGAUAUUGUAAUCCUAAAGUGAACAAUUAAUUACAAAUUUAAUAUUCAGGCUACCAUAAAUUUGCAAUAAAAAAAAAAGUAACUAUAUAAACGCAGUAAUUAGUAGAAAUAAUUUAAACUUAGUUCAUAAAAAGUUGUUUGAGAAACAUGUCGAGCACAUCACAGAAACACAAAAACUUUGUUGCUGAACCAAUGGGUGAUAAGCCUGUUACAGAUCUUGCUGGAGUUGGAGAAGUUCUAGGUCGUAGAUUGGAAGCAGCUGGUUUUGACAAAGCAUAUGUAGUACUUGGACAAUAUUUGGUUUUAAAAAAGAACAGAGAACUGUUCCAAGAAUGGAUGAAAGAUUUGUGUUCUGCUAAUGCAAAACAAUCUAGUGAUUGUUAUCAAUGCCUCUCUGAUUGGUGUGAAGAAUUUUUGUAAGAUAAUUAUAAAAUUUAAUGUUGAUAUUACAAAAAUGAAAUUUUUAAUAUAACAAAGUAUGUAUUGUAAUAUUGUAAUGCAAAAUGUAAAAACUGUUUCAUUUUCGUGACUUCCAGAUAAUUUUAGAUAAACAUACUAUAGUAUAAUGAAAACAAAUAUCUUCAAAGGUACUUUAAAGUUUGACAUAAAUGUAAUACGAUGUAGAAGUUUGUAAUCUUAUUUAAUGUUUAUAUUAGAUAAUAGUAAGAUACAUUAUUUUAUGUAUUAAUGUUAAUUUUUCAUUACAUCUUAUUUAUUUUCUGAUACUGAUAUACCUUUUAAACUAUUUUUUACAUUUUUGCAUAUAAAACAACAUGUAAACUGUUCAAUGUGUGGAUAUUUUACGUAUAACUGUAACAAAAUUUUGAUAAUUCUUGUACAAAAUUGUUAGAAGUGCGAGAUCUAAUUUGAAAAUAUAUUUUUGGAUAUAUCUAAUAA